ACACUUUACACCCUCGAAAUUAUCUUCUUUACUCUGCUCUUGUUCUCUCAUCUCUUCCUCUCUUCACCAUGAGCAGGUCAGGCCAACCACCAGAUUUGAAGAAGUACAUGGAUAAACAGCUUCAAAUCAAGCUGAAUGCCAAUCGUAUGAUUGUUGGUACUCUUCGUGGCUUCGACCAGUUUAUGAAUUUGGUUGUUGACAAUACUGUGGAGGUCAAUGGCAAUGAGAAAAAUGACAUAGGGAUGGUGGUAAUCAGAGGAAAUAGUGUGGUCACAGUAGAGGCACUUGAACCAGUGAAUAGGACCUCCUGAAUCCUGAUUUUUUAUUUUUUUUGGUAAACAUUUAUAAUUAAGUUUCAAGGUUUCAACAGAAACCGCAUAGAUGCUGGGAGUAAAAUAUAAUUGUUGAUAUUAAUAUGGCCAUCUUAGUGACAAAUCUGAGGUUAUUUUCUGGUUGAUUUGUGAGUGCUGGGUACCUCUAGGGUUGUAGUGGAUGGUAGUGGCUUAACUAUAAUGAUGUUAUUUUGCUUAUAUAUACUUUUAUUUUUUAGGUA